UCCGGGGCUUUCCAGAUGUUAGAGAACAACUCGUGUUGUGAAGACUUGCUUCUCUGCGUAAACACUGGAUUUGUCUUUUGGAAUACAAACAGCAACUCUGGAUUUCGUUCUGUAGAAUUCUUCAGAACUUUUUACUUGUAUUCGCCUAUUUUGUUCUUUAUUUCUGUUUGUCAAGUGUCUGCUUGUAAUGACCAAUAUCUGGACUUCACAUUUGGAGUUGCAGAGCAAAAUCAGAUCUGAUGACCCUGUUGCAAACGGCAUGUCGGGAGGACUGAGAAUGGACGAGUCCCAGUACAACAUGAAAAUGCUAGAGAGUGAGUUGCUAAUGGACAACAGCUACAAUCAUUUCAUGCCACAUUUAGACAUUAAGAAUGAACCUUUUGUCAUCGAAACAGUUGAUGGACCCUAUUUACAAAUCAUAGAGGAACCAAAACAGCGAGGCUUUCGCUUCCGAUAUGAAUGUGAGGGUCCGUCGCACGGAGGGCUGCCUGGAGCUUCCAGUGAGAGGAACAGGAGGACGUACCCUACUGUCAAGGUGUGUAACUAUGUGGGGCACGCUCGGGUGGAGGUACAGCUGGUGACCCACACCGACCCGCCGCGUGUCCAUGCUCACAGUCUGGUGGGGAGGCAGUGCAACGAGAACGGGACCUGCACCAUGGACAUCGGACCCAAUGACCUUCAGGCACAGUUCAGUAAUUUGGGUAUUUUGCACGUCACCAAACGGGGAGUACAGGACGUGCUGGUGAAGAGACUGAGAGAGGAGAGGAGAAGGCCGGCCGAGUCAACCUACCAUUUCAGUGACUCAGACGAUCAGGCGAUCGCUAACGAGGCCAAAGAGCUGACCAAGUCCAUGGACCUCAACAUUGUGCGGCUGAAGUUCACGGCAUACCUCCAGGACAGCACUGGGGCCUUCACCAGAGCCCUGAAGCCUGUCAUCUCCGUCCCCAUCUACGACAGCAAAUCCCCCAACGCCUCCAACCUGAAGAUCUCACGGAUGGACAAGAGCUGUGGCUCUGUGAUGGGAGGUGAUGAGAUUUUUCUGCUCUGUGAUAAAGUGCAAAAAGAUGACAUUGACAUUCGCUUCUUCGAGGAGGAUGAUGAGGGGGGCUGGGAGGCCUAUGGGGAUUUCUCUCCCACAGAUGUGCACAAACAGUAUGCCAUCGUGUUUAAGACGCCAGCGUACCACAGCACAGAAAUAGAAAAAUCUGUCACAGUGUUCCUGCAGCUGAAGAGGAAGAAAGGGGGAGACUGCAGUGAGCCCAAGCAGUUCACCUACGUCCCCCAUGUUCAAGAUAAAGAGGAAGUCCAGCGGAAACGGCAAAAGUCCCUUCCUCAGCCGCGCUUCGACUCGUGGCCGGGGCCCCAGGGGGGUGCAGGCGGCUCGGGGAGGGGCGCAGGAGGGUUUGGAGGCGCAGGCGGAGGCCUGGGAGGCGGAGCAGGCUUCCGCUAUGACAACCAGAUGGAUGGCUCAGGCUUCUACGGCGGCGGCUGUGGAGGAUUCGGCAGCGGCGGAGUCCUGCACAUGUCUGCUGGCGGCGCCCAGACGGGGGUCAGAGCCAGCACCCCGUCACCCACUCACGUGCAGCAGCAGAUCCUGCGGAUGGCUGCCGCCCUGCAGCACAAGGCCACAUACACAGCCAAGCGCACGGCCCGCGCUCUCCACGAGUACUGCAGCAGCGGGGACGUGCGCCCCCUGCUGGACGUGCAGAGGCACCUGUGUGGCGUGCAGGACGAGAACGGAGACACGCCCCUGCAUCUGGCUAUCAUUCACCUGCAGCCUGCGGUGGUGCAGCAGCUGCUCCACUGCAUCGUCCGCAUCCCGCAGCAGAACAUCAUCAACAGACUCAACCACCUGGGCCAGUCUCCUCUGCACCUGGCUGUGAUCACCCGACAGCUGAAAGUGGUGGACGUGCUGAUGAGGGUUGGAGCGGACCCCUCGCUCCUGGACAAGGACGGGCGCACUGUCGUCCACCUGGCCGCCCACGCUGGCGACGAGACCACGCUCCGCCUCCUGCUCGCACACCUGGGCGAGAGACACGCCCACCUGGUCAACACAGCAGACUUCUCAGGCCUCCACCCGCUGCACCUGGCCGUGAGGAGGGGAGGCGAGCGCUGCCUGCGCCUCCUGGUGGAGUCAGGGGCGAAGAUCAACGCCCACGAGCGGAAGAGUGGCUGUACCGCCCUGCACCUGGCCGUGAAGGAGAGCCUCUUCAAAGUGGCCUGCACGCUCAUCACCGAGCUGAAGGCAGAUCUGAAUGUCUGCACCUUCGGGGGGAAUAGUCCACUCCACUUGGCUGCCAGUCAAGGCUCCCCCCCCCUCUGUUCCAUGCUUAUCGCUGCAGGUGCCAACAAAAACCUGGAGAACGAUGAGCCGCUCGUCUUCAGCUCUUCCUCCUCAGACGAGGAUGAGGAGGACAGACACUUGAGACCAGCUGCAGGUAGCAGGCAGGCUGAGGAUGAUAUCGGUGCACAGGUUCAAGUCAUGGCGGCGUCCCUGGAGCGGGUCCAAAUAAACCCACGCAAAAGGCCGGCCGGAGGACAUAAAGCGUUUGACCUGGCCAAGUGUCAGAAGGUGAGAAACAUCCUUGACACCAGCCACAGUCCCAAGCCUAGUCCCCACACAGUCAAGAGACCCAAACAGAGCACAGAAGAAAGUGCUGGGGGAAGUCAGCAGCUGGACGUGGAGAUGCUGGAGAAGCUGUGUGGCCUCCUGGAUCAGAGCCACGUGCCCUGGAAGGAGCUGGCGGAGAAGCUGGGCAUGCUCACGCUGGCUCACCUGUACCAGGAGAGUCCAUCACCCUGUCAGAACCUUCUAGAGAAUUACCAGUUGGCUGGAGGUCCAGUUGAAGGACUGGUGGAAGCCCUGCAGUCUUUGGGUCUGAAUGAGGGGGUGAGACUGCUGAGACAGACACAGCUCAGAGAAGACAAGCAGAACACAGACACGACGGUGGACAGCGGCUUCGGGAGUCAGGGGAUGGAGGAGGAGGACAGCGAGCGCCCUGCCAUGGCAACUUCUUAACCAAUAGGAUAUGAUCUUUCGUUGAAUCUCUUCCAGAAUGUUGUGGAGGAAAAAAGUGUAAAAAUCCCUCCACGCAAUGGAGCACCUGGAUGUUAAUAUUAUUGCUGCGUUAUCUAAACUGUAUAAAGAACCUUUUAGCCUCAUUUAAGAUAUACCAUUGUUUUACUAAUGAUUAACUAUAUCGUCUAGUCAUGGCCUCGUGUCUUCAUGUCGGUGCCUCUGGAGCUCUGCUGGUUUGACUGUGGACAUCCUGUGUGGUUGGUGAUAUGCAGUAUGCUUGAUGCUUGGCUCAUGUUUUAAGAAUGUAUUGUUGUUAUAAAUUAAUAUAUUGACUUUUCACUUGUGUGAUUUCAACAGUCAAUAAAACUGAAAACUGA